AUGCCUAGAUGCAGCUGCAGAGGGUCUGUGCUGCUCGCAGAGUCCAGGGGACAAAUCGCUCUGAGCAGAGAGUUCAGGCUGGAGCUGAGACUCCAUUUUCAGCCUGUGGACGUGACUCUGGAUCCAGACACGGCAAAUCCCUGGCUCGUCCUGUCUGAGGAUCGGAAACGUGUGAGAUGGGGAGACACACGCCAGGAUCUGCCCAACAACCCUGAGAGAUUUGAUUAUUAUCCCUGUGUCCUGGGCGCUGAGGGGUUCACAGGCGGGAGGCGUUACUGGGAGGUGGAGGUGGGAGACAAGACAGGCUGGGACCUGGGGGUUUGUAGGGGAUCUGUGAGCAGGAAGGAGUGGGUCACACUCACACCUGGGAAUGGAUUCUGGGCCGUGUGGCUGAGGGAUGGGGGAUACGAGGCCGGCACCUCCCCCCCGACCCCCCUCCCCGUGAGCGUCCAGCCCAGCCGGGUGGGGAUUUUCCUGGACUAUGAGGCGGGCGAGGUCUCGUUUUACAAUGUGACUGACAGGUCCCAUCUCUUCACUUUCACUGGCACCUUCUCCGGGACGCUCCGCCCUUAUUUCUGUCCCUGGUUCAGUGCUGAUCCCCUGAUAAUCUGCCCGGUCCCAGCUCAGGCCGGAGGGAAUCUCGGUCCCUGACAGUGACCCCGCGGCACAGACUGGCCCCUCCCAGCCCUGCUGC